CGAGGGUUGAAGAAGCACAAAGAGACAGAGACAGACAGUAGAGCUCCAUUGGAGGAUUGACGGAGUCGCCGAACUACGUCAUUGGAUUCAUCACCUAUAUACGAUUCUACCCCCCUUUUUUUUUUUUCAUCCUCGUAUUCUUCUUCUUUAACUUGUAGCAUCGAGCUUCCUAAAGCUUCUUCUUCCUGCUGUUCUUCCUCUGUUUUGCCUUGAAUGUUGAUGACGUACUAUAGAGGGAAUAGCAAUGGAAUUUUUAUUAAACAAGAAGAACUUUCCGUUGAAUCACAAAGACUACACAUUGUACGAAGAAGUUGGUCAGGGUGUGAGUGCCACUGUGUACAGAGCUCUCUGCAUCCCACUUGAUGAAAUUGUUGCCAUCAAAGUUAUAGACCUCGAGAAGUGCAACAAUGAUAUGGAUAUGAUUCGACGAGAAGUACAGACUAUGAUCUUGCUGGAUCAUCCUAAUCUGCUGAAAGCACACUGCUCUUUCACUGCUACCAGGAGUCUGUGGAUUGUCAUGCCUUACAUGGCCGCCGGUUCCUGUCUUCACAUCAUUAAGUCUGAUCAUCCCAAUGGUUUUGAAGAGCAUACCAUCGUGACAUUGUUGUAUGGGGUUAUCAAAGCUCUUGCUUAUCUACAUUCCCAUGGCUACAUUCACAGAGAUGUUAAGGCUGGAAAUAUACUGGUUGAUUCAAAAGGUGCAGUUAAGUUAGCAGACUUUGGUGUUUCAACGAGCUUGUUUGAUUCUGGCAAUAGACUGCAGUCAAAAAACACCUUUGUCGGAACUCCAUGCUGGAUGGCUCCAGAAGUUAUGCAGCAAUUGCAUGGAUACGACUUCAAAGCAGACAUCUGGUCAUUUGGGAUAACAGCACUAGAACUUGCUCAUGGUCAUGCUCCAUUCUCCAAGUAUCCACCAAUGAAGGUUUUGCUGAUGACCUUACAAAAUGCGCCUCCUGGCCUUGACUAUGAAAGGGACAAGCGAUUUUCAAAGUCCUUUAAAGAGAUAGUAGCUGCUUGCUUAGUAAAGGAUCCAAAGAAGCGUCCUACUGCAGAGAAGCUUUUGAAGCACCGUUUCUUCAAGCAUGCACGUUCAAAGGAAUUUAUAGUUCGGACAAUUCUUGAUGGCCUUUGUCCCCUUGGUGAUCGAUUUAGAAUGUUGAAGCAAAAAGAGGCUGAAUUCUUUGCACAAAAUGAGGCUACGUAUGGUGACGAGCAUUUAUCACAGCAAAAGUAUAUACGAGGGAUCAGUGCAUGGAAUUUUGAUCUAGAGGACUUAAAAAGACAGGCUGCUCUUAUUCAGGAUGAUGAUGGCAUCGCAUUUGCAGAAAAUCAAGAGUGGAUCUGCAAACAGAAGGGUGAAAUUGAUGUCUCAGUUGAUCUAUUAAAUAGAUCAACAUGGGAAGAUGCGGACUUCAAAAAAUUUGAAGAACCUGUUGACUCAUCAAAAUUGAGGCAAGGAGAAAAGAGUAGCUAUUUUGGAGUUGAUAAUUUGGAGAGAAGUUGCUCUAUGCCAAGAAAUAUCUAUUCUGAAGCUCCAAAGUUACGCAGUUUGGGUCCAUUCAAAAUGAACUAUUCCACUAUUUUCCGUGGUGAUAAGCGCAGUGAUCAGUUGACACAUCAUCAGAAGAGAGAUAGUUGUUUACAUGAGACAGCAUUAGAUGAACUCAGGGUCCAAUGUAAGGGGCAAUCCAAGGUCAGAGUGCCAGAUUUGAGUCAAAAGGACACGCCAAAUGGCUUUACUAGACCAUAUAUUGGGGAAUCAGUAGAUUCUGUAAACGGUCCAGCAGCUUGUGUCGUUCCUGCGCUCCAUUGCAUUCUGCAACAAAAUGUCAUGCAAAUGGAAGAAACAAUGAGAUUGAUUGAAGUUGUUGAUCAAAUCACAGGAAAUCACGCAGAGCUCGCAGAGGCAGUAACAAGUAAAAAGCAGAUGCAGUUGUCUUUAGCUUCUGCAAGGGAGAGAGUCCUAGAAGCUCAUGUGAUUUCUAUUGAAAAUAGGAUUGAGAAACUAGUUGUCGAGUUGCAGAUACAAAAGAUGAAAAAUACCAAGCUGGAGAGACAACUAAGACAAGUUGACAAGGAGUAGAAGUUGUAAGGCUUUAUUUUGAUAUUCAAGAUAUUGAGAUUCUAGUUUGUUCUUCUUAGAUAGGAAAUCAUUUCACUUGAUAGCAACCAAUCAAGUCACUGUACAACCCUUGUGUAAAAUAAUCUCUGGGUUACUGGAAUUUUUCCAAGAUAAUGUAGAUCAGAGUUUGCCUCUUCAA